AGAACAGUAAGUUUUCGGUAAAUUUUCAAAAUUUUAUCAAACAGUGCUUGAAUUAAAAUUGAUUUAGCAGUUAAAUGAAUUACUUUAAUGGUGUCUAGUGUAACCGAUGAACAAAAUGCAGCUGAAGAUCCUAGAUUUCAAGAAGAAUCUUUCACGGAGGAAAAAGAAUGGUCUUUUGAUGAUGCAUUAACGAUUAUUGGAUUUGGUAGAGUGCAAUAUCAACUAGUAUUAAUCUGUGCAUUGAUACUUAUUUCAACGUUAAACGAAACAAUGGGAAUGAUGAUAUUGAUGACUCCUGCGCAAUGUGAUUUGGAAUUAACUUCUUUUGAUAAGGGUUUACUCACAAGCAGUGGUUAUUUUGGAAUCAUGAUUCCUUCAUACAUGUGGGGGUAUAUUUGUGAUAAAUAUGGAAGACGAAAAGUAAUGAUUCGUACAUUAAUAGCAACUAGUUUAAUGGCCUUGUGUUCAAGCUUAGCUCCGACAUUUUAUUGGUUUCUAUUCUUUCGAUUCUGGACUGGGUUUUUUGUUUCAGCUUCUUCAGGUGGUAUGUAUCCCUAUUUAGGUGAAUUCAACACGCUAAAACAUCGUCCAACAGUCAUGGCUUGGUGUAGCUGUGGUACUGGUAUAUCAAUGACCUUAGCGCCAGCUGUGGCUUGGUACAUAUUAUCAUUGGAUAUAAAUAUCUUAUUAUAUGGACAACUUGUUUUUCACUCUUGGCGACUAAUUUUAAUUGUAUACACUUUACCUGGGCUAAUAGCAGCAUUACUUUUAACAUUCUUUCCUGAAAGUCCAAAGUUUCUUAUCAGCCAAGGUUUGGAAAAAGAAACUUUAGAAGUAUUAAAUUGGAUUCAUAAAACAAAUACAGGCGACUCUAGAAAUUAUCCUGUAAAAAGAUUAGCACGUGAAAUUGAUGCAGACCGGUUAAACAAUGAUGUAUCUGAAAUACAAAAUAUUUUGAAUCAAACAAAGCAGCUAUUAAAACCUCCAUUCGUUAAACAUUUUUUAAUUGCUAUAUAUAUUCAAACAAGUAUUUUUAUUUCAUCAGGAGGUAUGGGAUUGUGGUUUCCUGAGAUUUUGAAUCAAUUAUAUUAUUCAAAUACAACAGGAACCAUAUGUAGUAUAUUUAAAAAAAACCUACAUCAAGGGAGCAACACUCUUAUAAGUAAUAAGGAAUGCAACAACAUUUUGUCUUCCGAAGCUUUCGUAAAUUCUAUUAUUGUCGGACUGUACUAUACAUUUGGAUAUAUAAUUAUUUCCGUGUUAAUGAAAUAUUGUGGCAGAGGAUUAAUUUUAGAACUUUCUUUAUUGGGUUCAUCUGUAUCUGGUUUUCUACUACAAUGGACUACAAAUUUAAGUUUACAAAUUAUAUACUUUUCAUCUUUUCUGGUAUUGUCAGGAUUGAUGAUAAGUGUAAUAAGUAGCGCAGCAGUAAUGCUUUUUCCGACUCAUGUAAGAGCAAUGGCGGUUUGUUGUAUUCUAAUGAUUGCAAGAAUUGGUACUUCACUUGGAAGUAGUUUAAUCGGGCUCACCAUCGAGAAAUACUGCGAGGAAACUUUUGGGUUUAUAACAUCAUUGAUAGUUGUUUCAGCUUUUUUAAACUUUUUUCUUCCUGCGCGAUAAGAAACUAAGAAUUGUCAUUUGUGAUCCGUUUUUAUCAAUACGGAUUUGUUUCAGAAUUUUUUAAUUAUCAGAAAUAAUCACAAACUAUUGUGGUUAGUAAAAUGAAAUUUUAUUUGAAUAAUAUUUUUCUCAUGCCAAAACUUAAUAUAAUACAUACAUAUAAAGAUGUUUUUUAACCCUUUAUUAUUUCUUAUUUUUUAUUAUAUCCAUAAUUAAAUUUUCGAGAUAUUUUGACAU